AAUCUAAACGAAAUGUCACUUGCCUUGUCUUAUUUAGAAUUUAUUUCUACUUUGGGUAAUUUUUGCCUAGAAAGAGGUGAUAUUUCUGUUACAGAUCAUAUUACUUUCAAAAGAUAUUCCCUCAUUUGGUGUGCAUCGUAAUGUACCAUUUACUGCCCUUAGCAUGAAGGCACUACUUAAAUGCUGCCCAUUAAUCACUGACUAUUAAAGGCAUCUUAUUUCCUCUCCUGUCCUCCAGGUCCACUCCUGCUUAUCACAGGGUGUUUCUGUAGGCCUGGGGAUGUCGACAUCUGGUAGCCAAUGGCAUUGCAACAACGUCCUACAGAACAAGGACAGCAUCGCCUCAUACAGCUCUGGUCUUCACCAACAUUACACAGAGGUGGUAGGAGGCAAUGGUUGGUCAGGGGAGUUUUCACUCACAGAUAAUGACUAUGGCUACAGGAAUUGGCUAAACUCCCUUAAGGACCACCCAAAUAUUGUUUCAUACCACCUUAGGCCAAUAUAUGAGCUGAUUCCAAAUAAGACACAGAAGGCAGGGAUGAAAGCUGCCAUCGAGCAUUACUUAGAAGACAAUGCUGUGAGUAAGUCACCCAGUGAACCUUCUUGUGGCAGCACUUCAUACCUGGCUUCCAACUGCUGUCCUAAAGACAUCUGGAGAGGAACACUGGAGGUGACCAUCGUCCGAGCCUGGAAUCUGUAUGGAGAUUAUCCUGCCACUAGCCCUACUGACAGUUAUGCUAAGAUGAAGUAUGGUUCCUUCCAACACACGACUGAAGUAAUCGAAUCAGACAAUCCCAGUUGGAAUGCUCAUUUUAAUUUGGGCAAGGUCAGUAAAUCUUCUCAUUACAGAUCACCUCAAAAGAACACCCACUCAAAUAAGGGUGUGGCAGGGACACACACAAUCACCUGUGCUGCCGAUACAGGUGGCUUUGAAGUCAAGUACACUCUGACCUGCGACCCUUAUCUGACUGGAGGGAAGUGUACUGAAUACAAACCGGGUCCAUAAUGAGAAAUGCAUUUUGGGGCAACACUAUUCAAAAAUGCUGCUUGCUUUACUAUAAAAUCCAAAUGAAAUCACAAUUAGUUAUCCCUU